AUGUCACAGUUGGGUACUUCCGUAAUGUAUUUUGUGAGUUUUUUUUUAUUAUUUUUUAAUUUCUUACCUAUUUUAUCUUCUCAGACUAUUCUAUUUACUUAUAAAAAUUCUUGUGAUUGUUUAAUUGAAGCUUGGGUAGUUUAUUUACUCAGAAUCCCCUUUUAUUUGUAUGUUGCUGGCUCUCCUUUGUUUCAUUUUGCUAUAAUGCUUGAACGCGUUUUUGCUACUAUUUUUGUUAAAAUUUAUGAAAAUCGGGGGAAAAUGAUUGGAAUAAUUAUCACAAUGAUUGUGUGGGCAUUAUCUGCAUUGUUUGCUUUAUAUGUUUAUCUAAGCUCUAUUAUAGAUGCCCAAACAUUUAGCCAUCCAAUGGCUUAUAUAACAUUGACAAGCACUUAUAAUGCCCAAGUUCUGAUUGAUUUCCAUUCUUUUUACCUUGUCUUGGUAAUAUUCAUUGCUAUUGCAGACUAUUUCUUAUUUCACCACAACAAAAAAAUUAAAUCAAAUUUUGCAGUAACAACCUACAACCUCAGCAAAAAUUACCAAGCUAAACAAAACAUUCUCGUUAUGAAAAUAAUAUUUCCUCUCGACUUUUCUUAUUCUUUUGUUUUUGCAAUUUAUAACUUUCUUUCGAGUUAUAUUCGAGCAAAACGACCAGAAACUGGCCAAUUAAUUUAUAUACGAGCAAUUGAUGCUAUAACUCUGUUAAUUGUUCUUCACGCAAUGAUAACUUUAAUUGUUUAUGACUAUUUUUUGAAGAAACAAAAUGAUAUAAAUAAAAAUUUUAUUAAAAAGAAUUCAGCAAUGAGUACAGACAUUUAUUUUAAAAAAUUAAAUUAUGCUUGGAAGUAA